UCACAUAAAGAAAAUACGCUUAAGACUGACGCCAUUCGCGUAGCAGCCAAAACAGGAAGAAAACAUCCAGCUGCUCACUAGCUAGCUAAGCGAGCUAACCGAGCUAAGCAGGGAGACUUUAGCAGCCUGUGUAUCAUUGACACAGUAAUAAAACGGCCUUGGGAGUCGAGAAUACACUGGUGUAUUACCAUGAUGUGUCCGGAGUAGUGACUGUAUCGACAGACACUCAGGGAAUAUAAUUGUCCUCGACUUUCUCUGGGUCCGAGUGUUAAAACAAGGUGUGAAUGAGUGACGUGGUGCCUCCCACAGCUCUCAGUGAAGUCCAGCUCCGCUUCCUCUGCCACGAUGACAUAGACAAUGUCAAGCUGCUCUGUGGUGAUUGGUUCCCAAUCGAGUACCCAGAGUCAUGGUAUCAGGACAUUACCUCCAACAAGAAGUUCUUCUCCCUCGCUGCCACCUUCAGAGGAGGCAUCGUGGGAAUGAUUGUGGCCGAGAUCAAAGGCCGGACCAAAGUACACAAAGAGGGUCCCACUGACUAUAUUCAGCACAUCGGUUCAACCCUGGCCAGCCUGAGCCCGUGCUCCCUCCCUCAGAGGCUGUACCGGCAGGCCCAGUCCCUGCUGCGCUCUCUGCUGCCCUGGUCCAACAUUGCCUCCAAGACCGGCAUACAGUACAGCAGAACAAUGUGACACUCAACAUGGUGCGCAAUCGUUUCUCAUCAGUACGCCCCUGUACACGCCAAGAUGUACAAGCACACUCACAUUCUUCAAUCUCGUACGGCUGUUCACACACUAGAAAAUGAAUCCUGAUGCUACAUACAUCUGUAACUGUUCACACAGGAUCCAAGUUUGCAGCUGUUGUCCUGGGCCCCAAAGGGAAACAGGGUUGUUGCAUUGCAACGUCACCGAAAGUGCAAUAUUGGAUUAUUUUCUGGUAAACAAAAUCUGGAUUUCUUUUAAUUACUUUAUUACUAUACUAUCCUGUGUAUAUACUACACUAUCACAUAGUUCCAACAGUAACCUGUGUUUACCCAGUCAUACCAAAGCAGAGCAGUGUCAGACCCACUUUCAACCCAGGCAGCAGAGCAAAGCCAAGGACCUAGUUCAUAUGUUCACCCAGACACAAAGACGGCAAACACAGGUUAUAGUUUGGGUGUAGAAAGGGUGUAAAACACACACACACACACACACACACACACACACAAAACACCCACAAAGAAACCACACAGAGACUAAAAGGUUCAACCCUGCCUAUUUGUCAAUCUCCUUUCAUCCUGUCCACCACUGUCACAGAGACUCUGUAUCCUGUUUGUAUAUUAUAUAUACUAAGCUAAUAUAUAAAUUGAUCUCAAUAUGUAUGUCUAUUCUAUGCUGUCAUUAGUCCUAGUUGAUAGAUAAAUUCCCCCAUUUUUUGAGUAUAGAAUGAAUCCAGAGUCACUUUUUAAAAUAGAGACUCAAGAACAGGUCAAAUUGAAUUGGUCUGUGAAUCUAUCUAGCUAGCUAUGGUAAUAUGCUAAUAGGCUAGUAGAGUAUUGUUGAAUAAAGAAGAUUAUACACAGGAAACUUUGAGAGACAAUGUAGACGGGUGAUAUAUUUAGAAGCAACUGGAGUUUUCAAAUAGGAUUCUUCCCCUUUUGAAAAUCUUGAUUGUGUGAUUUGCUGUGCGCAACAAAAACGUGAACAUGUCAAAGUAUGUUACUCAGUACUUGCAACACGUACAACAACAGACACCUCACAUUAUGCAGUGCUGUUUGAAAGUCUUAGAUACAAAUAUGAUCAAACCACAGAGCCUUUCUACAUUGUUUCUAAAUGUUGCCCAUGUCUACUUCAUAGAAGAGUAAAGGGGGAGCAGCUUGGGUCCUUAUAUUAGAGAUUUUU